ACAAGCGACAUUUGCCUUCUGUGUUCCCGAGUAAAGGUGCUAAUCGUCACUCGAUCCUCUCCGCUUACAGGUAAGGAAGAAAAUGGAACCUGAAGAAGAGCAUGGGAGCGAAGCUCAAAUGGAGGAGUCCGCUUUGGCUCCAGUCUACGACAGAGCGGACUCGCGAAUUUUUGCCAGGGAGGAAGAUAAGAACAGCAUUCGGGACAUACCCUUCAGUUGGACUUCUUUGGUCACCGUCGUCAUGGUUGCCAGCACGGCUAUUGCCCUCUCCGCUUACUUCAUUUAUGACGUGACAUCUGAGACGUUCACGGCUGACAAGAAGCGCGCUUCGACCAAAGCGCACUCAGAUAUCUCAACAGACUCUUCUUCCAGAAGUGGUAUCUGGGUGGAACGAAACGAACCCCCGAUCCGAGUAGUCCCCAACGUGCUGCUCUGUGGAACAGCUGGGGGAGACGUUGCUGGAUUAGCCACCAUGUUGACCCGCUACUGCACGCACACAAUCUACACUGGGGCUGUGCACGUCGUCUUCGACGCCACCAAGUCAUCACCUUCCGUCAAUAUCACCGAUGACGUCGGAUUCAAGCCCAUUGUUGCCAUGAGCAAGAGCGCAAAGCGGUACGUAUCCUUCGUGUAUGGUGCUGCCGCGUGGGAGCUUCGCCCCGUUGUCUCGGCUGUAACAGAAUUCCUUCACAAGCAUCGCCUCCACGGCAUCGAAUUGCGGCUGACUGCCCACGAGCAUGUCGAGAAAUGUGUCAACAUAUGUGCGACCCUGAAAGAGGCAUUAAAGAGGGAAGACGGUCUGUUGAUCCGUGUCUCUCAUACGGUGAAGCUGGCACGGGAAUCUCUACAAAGACUUUCUGAGAUAGCCAAGUUCUUGAUUUUAGAAACCCAAGCCGCCCGACGUGAUGACCUUCACACUCGGAGGUAUCCCAAUCCAUACCAGCCUUACAACGCAUCACACGUCAACGACGUUUAUAUGCGCCAUCGACUUUGGCGCAUUCACCCAUGGAAGCGACAGUUGGGAACAGAAAGUGUCUGCUUCACGCUCUCCCUGGCGGUCAUCCGCGGCGUCAAAGGAACGGUCAACGGGAAGAACCAUAGGAUUAUCAGCUACAGUUACACUCGGCUCAAAGAGCCUUGCGUCCAACGUGACCUGAAAGCCCUUAUAGAUCCCAAGGCGCUCUCACGGUCAAAGCAAGAUGAGGACACCUUCUUCGGUUAUGACAACAGGAGGACACUUACCACAAAAUUAAGGAGCCUCGCACACGAGUUUCCCCAGUACUGCAUGGCUGCGUACAAUGUGGAGAUGGAUGACUUCGAAGGGCUGUGCCCGCACAACAGCACACCCUUGCUACGAGUAUUGCGCAAGCUGGUCACACCCAUAAUACACAUGAGUUUGCAACGAUAAAUAAAUACGUAUUAUUCAAUAAAAAAUGAACUUAUCUCGCGUA